AUGGCGUUCCUGCAGCAGAUGCGGUCCCCCCGGCUGUCCUUCAUCCAAACCCUGCUGUCUCUGUUCCUUGCGACUUUGGCUCUGCUCUCGUCAAACUGGUGCGUGGGCAAACAGAAGGUGCCCAAGCCCCUGUGCACGCCCACCAAGCACAGCAACUGCAUCCCAGUCCCAGGGGUCUCCAACUCCAGCAACAUCCAGUUCUCCUGGGAGACCGGCGACGACCGCUUCGUGUUCCCCGUGUUCCACACCGGACUCUUCAUCACGUGUGAGGAGAACAUCUACUCAGACCAAUGGGGAUUGUAUCAUAAAGACGAUUGGAGGGCGCUGGCAGAGUUCACUGAGGCGGGCGCUUUGAUGGUGGCCAAGACGGGAGGACAUAAAGUGGGCCACUCCAAAUGA